AUGGCUGCGAUAAGUUGUGGACGGGGAACGAUGGAUUCCCAAAAUCAAGUGCAAAGUGAUACAGUAGAUCGUUUAAAGUUGCUUUAUCCAAAUGUGAAUGAAGAUGAGACACCCUUGCCUAGAUCUUGGAGCACAAAAGACAAAUUCAGCUACAUCGGGCUAUCGCAAAAUAAUCUCAGAGUGCACUAUAAAGGUGGGACGCAGGGCCCGGGCCGACGACCCCACCUGCCCUACCUCCACUUACGCCUCUGGAUGUAUCGUCAUGGCAAAACCCACAAGGACGCGGCGAGCGUGCGCGCGACGCACCCGAUCCCGGCGGCUUGCGGCCUCUACUACUUCGAAGUGCGCAUCGUUUCCAAGGGCAGGGACGGUUACAUGGGCAUCGGGCUGUCUGCGCACGGAGUUAACAUGAAUCGACUGCCCGGUUGGGACAAACACUCUUACGGCUACCACGGCGACGACGGUCACUCGUUCUGCUCGUCGGGCACGGGGCAGCCGUACGGACCCACCUUCACCACCGGCGACGUGAUCGGAUGCGGCGUCAACCUCGUAGACAACACAUGCUUUUACACGAAGAACGGUCACCAUCUCGGCAUCGCGUUUAGAGGACUACCGCCGAACCUGUACCCGACGGUGGGGCUGCAAACGCCUGGGGAGGUGGUGGAUGCGAACUUCGGGCAGGCGCCGUUCGUUUUCGACGUGGAGGACAUGCUGCGGGAGCUGCGAGCUCGCACGAGACUCACCAUCGACCAGUUCCCGUUACCUGAUGCACAGGGACAGUGGCAGCAGGUGCUGCACAGGAUGGUGUCAUCUUACCUGGUACACCAUGGCUACUGCAGCACCGCGCAGGCCUUCUCGCGCGCCACUGGACAGCACAUCGACGAAGAUAUCGCUUCCAUUAAAAACAGACAAAGGAUAUCGAAGCUGGUGCUGUCGGGGCGCAUUGGGCGCGCGCUGGAGGCCACGCGGCGCGCGUACCCCGGCCUACUGGAGCGCGACCCCGACCUGCUGUUCCUGCUCAAGUGCAGGCAGUUCGUUGAGAUGGUCAACGGCUCCGACUCCGAGGUGUGCGGCGACGGGGAAGAGGAUGAAGAUGAGGAGCUGGAGGGUGUGGGGGGGAGUAGCGGGGGCGGAGGGGAUGGGGAACGGCGUGGCCACCUCCGUGAUAGCGCAUACGGCGCACUCCGCCUGCACCAACGGACAGCCCGCGCCACACACCAACGGUGUGACAGAAUUGAACGAGGAAGCGCGCGAUGGUGA